CAGAGGUGGACGUCAGCGCCGUGCUGGUUGUUCCAGACCGUUCAGCUCAGUUGCUGUUUCUGCAAGCCAGGAAACUAGCAUAUAGCCCAUCGUUGCUAGCAGCCGUUAAGUUUCUUUCGAAGAAGAAACUCCAAGUAGCAAACAAAAUCUUCGAAGAAGCGUGUCCGCAAUAAAAUGAGGAUGCGGAUACAUUUUAGUUUUGCGCUUGUUUGUUUGUUAGCCCUAUAUAUCCGUUCAUUCUCGGCCUUCUAUCUUCCGGGUUUAGCCCCAGUGAGUUUUUGUGAUGAAGAACCCAAAGCUGGUGAAGACUGCCAGACAGAUAUUCAGCUGUUUGUCAAUCGCCUAGACUCAGUGGAAUCAGUUCUGCCUUAUGAGUAUGACGUGUUUGACUUUUGCAAAGAUGCCAAAGAAUUAAGGCCUUCUGAGAACCUUGGACAGGUACUGUUUGGUGAACGAAUUGAGUCUUCACCAUACAAGUUUAAAUUUAAAAAAGAUGUUCCAUGCGAGCGGGUGUGCCUUCCAAAAACCUACAAGCAAGGAAACAAGGAUGAUAUAGCUAAACUGGACUUUCUUAAAAUGGGAAUGCAGCUGAACUAUCAGCACCACUGGAUCAUUGACAACAUGCCAGUUACUUGGUGCUAUGAUGUGGAAGAUGGUCAGAAGUACUGCAAUCCAGGUUUCCCCAUUGGCUGCCUUGUUGCAGGAGAUGGCAGGGCUAAGGAUGCAUGUGUGAUCAAUUCUGAGUUCAACAAGAAGAACACAUUUUACGUCUUCAAUCAUGUGGACAUCAAGAUCAAGUACCACAGCGGCGAUCAAGAGGGAUGGACAGGAGCUCGACUGGUUGCUGCAACUCUGGAGCCAAAGAGUAUCAAACAUGCAGAUGCGGACCCCCUAAGUUGUGAUGGAGGCAACCCAAUGGAGGUCCCUGCAGACUUUAAUGCUGAUGUGUCAAUUAUUUACAGCUACUCUGUGAAAUUUGAGCAAGACAAUACUAUCAAAUGGGCAUCUAGGUGGGACUACAUCCUGGUCUCCAUGCCUCACACCAACAUCCAGUGGUUUAGCAUCAUGAACUCCUUGGUCAUUGUGCUGUUCCUGUCUGGAAUGGUUGCCAUGAUCAUGCUGAGAACUCUGCACAAGGACAUUGCCAGAUACAACCAGGUGGACCAGGAGGAUGCACAGGAGGAAUCUGGUUGGAAGCAGGUGCACGGGGAUGUUUUCCGUCCCCCUAGGAAAGGGAUGUUGCUGUCUGUUUUCCUUGGACAGGGAACGCAGAUCUUCAUCAUGACUUUCAUUACUCUCUUCCUCGCCUGUCUGGGUUUCCUGUCACCGGCCAACAGAGGGGCUCUCAUGACUUGUGCAGUGGUACUCUGGGUUCUCCUGGGUACACCUGCUGGUUAUGUGUCAGCACGUCUUUACAAAACUUUCGGAGGUGAAAAGUGGAAGACAAACGUAUUGCUAACUGCACUCUUGUGCCCAGGAAUUGUAUUUGCAGACUUCUUCUUGAUGAAUCUGAUCCUAUGGGGGGAGGGCUCCUCAGCUGCAAUCCCCUUUGGUACUCUGGUUGCCAUUUUGGCCCUGUGGUUUGGAAUCUCUGUACCCCUCACCUUUGUUGGUGCCUACUUUGGAUUCAAGAAACCAGCAAUUGAGCAACCAGUGCGAACAAACCAAAUCCCCCGUCAAAUACCUGAGCAGUCCUUCUUCACCAAACCCAUCCCUGGUAUAGUGAUGGGUGGCAUUCUCCCCUUUGGCUGCAUCUUCAUUCAGCUUUUCUUCAUUCUCAACAGCAUUUGGUCUCAUCAGAUGUACUACAUGUUUGGAUUCCUGUUCCUGGUUUUCAUCAUUCUGCUCAUCACCUGCUCUGAGGCAACAAUUCUGCUGUGCUACUUCCACCUUUGUGCUGAGGACUACCACUGGUGGUGGCGAUCCUUCCUGACCAGCGGCUUUACAGCAGUCUAUCUGUUUAUCUAUGCUGUACACUACUUCUUCUCAAAGCUGCAAAUAAUUGGAAUGGCCAGUACUAUACUCUACUUUGGAUACACGAUGAUUAUGGUCCUGAUCUUCUUCCUCUUCACAGGUACAAUUGGCUUCUUCGCCUGCUUCUGGUUUGUAAAUAAGAUCUACAGCGUGGUCAAAGUGGACUGACUGUAUGGCUGAAGAACUCUGUGAAAGGACUAACUCCUAGAUGCGACAGCACUGGCCUCCCUGAUGCUGGUUUUGUGACAAAGGCCUGAGGUCUGAUUUGACCUGAACUGAAAAACCAUCACUUAUCAUAGAAAACCCCCCCGAUGAGCAGAGCCCGUCCUCUUUUUGUGCUUUAAACCUCUGUUGCUAUUUUCUUUUUAAAAAUAUAUAUAAUUUCGCAUUUACUGUUGACUUGUAAUAAUUUGAAUGGCGCCUUGAAAAUCAGCCUGGGUUCCAAUGAUCUAGCUGUCAUAGUGAGCAAUGUGUGUGUGGGAAUGUUUUUACUUUAAUUUUCUAAGGAAGGUAAAAUGUUAUGUAUUUUGCUGUUCUAUUCCCUUACGGCUAAAAUUCUUUCUUUUUUUCUUUACCUGUACUUUAAUGAUUUAAAAAAAUGUGUGUACAUAUACUGUAUAGAGAGUGAGGGAGAGAAUGCAACUUAAAGAUUGUCACCAUUAUGGAACCUUCGUUGGGAGUUAUAUUUUUCUUUUCUUUCUUUUCUCUGGUUUGUUUUAAAAGUAAAAAUAUCAGCCUGUAUUGUAGUUUAGAAAUUAUAUAAAACACUCACAGUGCUAUGAUACAUGUCCAUUUUCUUGAAGUUUGAGUUUGUAUAAAUCAGAGGGUACUCUUGGUUACGACGCACAUCUGUAUCAUAGAGCUAUGUGCUGCAGUGUGUUGCAUAUUAGGCACCCGAUUUGUUUCUCAACAGUAGACAUGGUCACCUAGUUAAUCAUAAAGUAGUCCAUGAAUUUACUGGUCAGGUGCAUUAUGCACUUUCGAGAUGUACCUCUUUAGAUUUUAAUAGGUGGUUUGCUGAACUGUUAACUAUAUAAAAACACUGCUGCUUUUUGCUUCAAGCAGUGUGGCACCAUCACCCAAGGUGAUAACAUUUUACAAAUAAACGCAGUGAAUUCCAAA